CGACAGAGGAUUGGAUGUUACGAAUCCUUAUUUUCAUUUUGCAUAAAAAUGUCUCAAUUUAUACAAUUAAAUUUACCAGAAUACGAGUACAAUCAAGAGAUAACAAAAACAUUGCAGCCUGAUAUUAUUUGCGUGUGUUGCUUGGCCAGAGAUGUUAAUUUUAUAAAUCUAGCCACAUGUAAACAUACUAGUUUUUUAGAGUAUGUUCACAAAUUCAAGCUGACGUUACAAAGUCCCGCCGUAUGCUUCAUGUGUCAUCAUCAAUUGAUAAAAGUUGAAAGAUUCAAACGAAAAAUCGAAGAGAGUCUUGUCAUUUUAAAUGAGCAGGCACAACACUUGAGGAUAAACAAUGCGAAACCACAUGAUUUACAAUUUUCCACGAUCGAUUGGACUGACAACAUCGAUACCAUAGACAAUGAAACAAUCAAAGAUGAAGAAAAUCAAGCUCAGUAUGAUGAAAUAACGACAGAAGUGAAAAUAGAACACGAAAGCUCAGACGAUAUUGAUGUGCCACUGUCUCAGAUUAAGAAAGAUAUUAAAAAGAAAAAAAAGAAGAAAACCAUAGAGAAGAAGAAGGUUAAGGCCGGCGUACACGAUAAAUACGAGGGCAAGAUUCGUAUUGUAGUACUUACUAGGGAGGAGAUGAUGAGUGAAAGAGACAGAGAAAGGAGGAAAGACGCAUAUUUGAAGUUGCCAUAUAAAUGUGAAUUUUGUAUUACUGGGUUUGAUCAUGAACUCACUUUAAAAGAUCAUAUGGAGAAAAGGCAUAAGCAGAAAAAAGGCGGUUUCAUUUGUGACAUUUGCAAGUCGGUAUUGAGUACUGAAAUAUCUUACAAAGAACAUACGAAGAGACAUACGAGAAGGUACGAGUGCUGUGAAUGUGGUAAACGCAAUAACAACGUCUACUCCGUGGUGAAGCAUUACAACGAACAGCACGGCAUCAUCAGCACCACGUUCACCUGCCAGGACUGCGGGUACACCACGCAAUCACACCGCGGUUAUAGAUACCACCGUGACAAACACAAACAAAAACAACAUUGUACUCUGUGCAACAGUACGUUUAUUAACAACGCGGGUCUCAGAGUUCAUAUGUAUACAGUUCACAAACAAUCGAGUCGAGUGUAUUCCUGUGAAGCUUGUAACAAAGUGUACAACGCUAAGUCGGGCCUCAUAGCGCACAUGACGUCCGCGCAUUCGAACAUCACAGCCUACUGCACGCUGUGCCGCCGACACUUCAGAACUGAGCACAAUCUGGCACAUCAUCUGAGGACCAACUCGAAACAUAUCACGGAAAGGGAUAAGAGGUUCACGUGUGCGGAGUGCGAAGCCAAGUUUUUGACGAAAAGCUCCCUGCAGCAGCACGUAGACUUUGUACAUCUGAAGAACAGUAAAUACGAAUGCGACAAGUGUUGCAAGGUAUUCAAAAAUGGUUCAGCCCUGAAAAAGCAUGUAAGCUUCGUUCACGAGAAAAUACGACCGCCUAGAAACAAAAUAUGCGAUUACUGUGGCAGGGGAUUCACGACGCUGACGAUUCUACAGUCCCAUAUCCGGACGCAUACGGGCGAGCGGCCGCUGCAGUGUGCCCGCUGUCCGGCCACCUUCGCCCACUCAGCCGCACUCUACACUCACAACCGGCUGUUACACCGGGACACGGCCGGACAUCCGGACGUUGUUUCGUAAACCGGUCGUUUUUCUUUUAA